AUGACUGCUGCGUUGAAUCGGUUCAUUUCCAGGUCGGCCGAGAGGUGUCGUCCUUUUUUCCGCCUAUUACAUAAGUGGCAAGGAUUUGAAUGGACCGCGGAGUGUGCUGAAGCGUUCCAGCAAUUGAAAGAAUACCUGUCCAAGCCACCUAUCAUGUCUAGUCCUGAGGAGGAUGAGGUGUUGUUUGCUUAUUUGGUGAUAGCCCCUCAUGCAGUUAGUUUCGUCUUGAUGCGAGAAGAGAAUGGCGUCCAAAAGCCAGUUUAUUACGUGAGUAAAUCCCUCCAUGAGGCCGAGGUGAGAUAUUUGUCAUUAGAAAAGGCCAUACUGGCGGUGGUCUAUGCAACACGCAAACUUCCGCACUAUUUUCAGGCCCAUACCGUGGUUAUCUUGACCCAACUGCCACUUAAGUCCAUACUCAGAAGUGCUAACUACACCGGAAGAAUUGCCAAGUGGGGCACGAUUCUGAGUGCUUUUGAUAUCAAAUACAUGCCUCGCACCUCUGUGAAAGGUCAAGUCCUUGCCGAUCUGGUGGCUGAGUUCGCCGAGUGCCCGGAAGAAGUUGAUAUGAAUCAAGGUCACAUGGAUGAAAAAUUGGUUGGCCUAAUAUCCGCACAAGGCGAGUCCUUUUGGAGGGUGUACGUGGACGGGGCCGCAAACCAACGGGGAGCAGGAUUGGGAUUGGUGUUGAUAUCCCCUGAGGAGGUCAUCAUCAAGAAGUCGUUAAGAUUAGGGUUCUCGGCUACUAACAAUGAAUCAGAAUACGAAACUUUGAUAAUGGGAAUGAGUAUGGUCCAUAAAAUGGGUGGAAAGGCAGUGAAGUUAUUCUCAGACUCAAGAUUGGUUGUCGACCAAGUGAGAGGAGAGUUGGAGGCCCGUGACCCAAGGAUGCAAGGGUAUUUGGACCGGGUUAGGCGUAUGCAAACGAAGUUUGAGUCUUUCGACUUAUUGCAUAUUCCUCGAGGUGAAAAUACACACGCUGAUUCCUUAGCGACCCUUGCCACCUCCUCAGUAAGAAAUCUUCCUCGGGUGAUUAUCGUUGAAGACUUGUGUACCCCCACCUCACUAGAAAAGGAGGUUUGCCAAAUCAAUCAAACUAGUCUGUCGCCAAGCUGGAUGGAUCCCAUAUUAAAAUUUCUUGAAAGUGACAUAUUGCCCGAAGAUAAGGUGGAAGCUCAGAAAAUACGAAGGAGAGCUCCUCGGUACUGGUUAUCUGAGGAUAAAAAGUUAUACAAACGGUCCUUCUCUGGGCCAUCUCUGCUUUAUGUGCCUCCUGAGACAGCAGAGUCAAUCCUGGAAGAAUUGCAUGAGGGCAUUUGUGGGAGCCAUACAGGAGGAAGAUAUUCCACUCCUGCUUAUCCACAAGGCAAUGGGCAGGCUGAAGCCGUUAACAAAGUAAUAGUCAAUGGGCUUAAGAAGAGACUGGACGACGCGAAAGGAAAGUGGGUGGAAGAAUUGCCACAUGUGCUUUGGACGUAUCGGACAACUCCCCGACGUUCAACGGGGGAAACUCCCUUUUCCAUGACCUAUGGGGCUAAGGCCGUCAUUCCCCUAGAAACUGGAUUCCCAACGUUAAGGACCAGUACAUUCUCUUCGGGUAGUAAUGAUGCGAUGUUGGAGAAAAGUUUGGACCUGAUUGAAGAACGAAGGGAAAGCGCGAUGGUUCAACUAGCUGACUACCAACAUAAACUCAAGCAGGGCUAUGAUAGUAAUGUGAGGAUGAGGCCGUUAGUCAUAGGAGAUCUGGUGUUGAGGAAAGUCCUGGGGGCCACUAAGAAUCCAAAUUGGGGAAAACUGGGACCUAAUUGGGAGGGGCCAUAUCGGAUCACUUCUGUAGCAGGAAUAGGAGCCUACUAUCUAGAAGACCUAGAUGAAAAAACUUUAUCGAUUGACGAUAUGUAUGAGUAA